AUGCCGAGAGAUGAUGCUCACACUUCAACUGCUGAAGACGACUCCCUGAUUAGGACAAGUGAGACAUAUGAUAGAGACAUAGCCGUUGAUGAUGUUAGUAGAACCGGAGUAAAGAGGAUGUGUCCGCUGAAUGACUUAGUAGGAUAUCAUGUCACUGAUAACCAUGUCUUUGACAUUAUGCAUGACAUUCUUGAGGGGGUUGGCCUAACAGAGGUAAAACUGGUCUUGAAGGCGAUCAUCACUGAAGGUGUGCUCACUCUCGAUGUGAUCAACGACCGAAUAGUGUCAUUUGAUUAUGGAUUUCCUGAGUCGUCAAACAAACCCUCUGUGAUAACUGAGCAAAGCCUGAAUCGUUCAACUUCUGCAACUGGUCAAAAAGCAGAGCAGGCCUAUUUUCUAAUCAGGCAUCUCCUGAUUCUCAUUGGCGACCUUGUUCCUGAAGAUACAUGUAAUGAUCACCUGCAAGUCAUACGUCUCCUGCUUUCCUGCAUGGACAUCAUCUUUGCCCCAAAAGUGAGUGAAGAAGAGACCUACUACCUCCAGCGACUAAUUCAAGAACACCAUGACCAUUUCCUCACAACCUUCCCAGACAAUCACCUCCUUCCAAAGCACCAUCAUAUGUUACAUUACCCUGCAGUAAUCCGAGCCAUUGGACCUCUUAAACACUUUUCAUCAAUGCGAUUUGAGGGAAAACAUGCAUUCUUCAAGCAAGUUGCCCAAGUUACCUGCAACUUUAAAAAUAUUUGUAAAACCAUGGCCAGACGCCAUCAGAUGACGUUGUCUGAUGCCCUCAUGAGGAAGGAGCUUUUCGAGUUCAAGCCAUUGGAAAGUGGGAAGGGUUUGCUCCAGCCCCUGGAUCACUUUGAGCCCCAUCACAGUCUAAUAGCAGAGGCAAUUGGCUGUCCUGUUGACUCUGAAGUCUUUUCUGCUAAAUUCGCUAGGUACCAUGGCAUAGAGUACAGAGCCAACGAGAUGGUUUCUGUGGACUGUGAUAAGGAAUCAGGAAAUCCUCUCUAUGGAAAAAUAGAGCAGGUAUUCAUUGAUGACCAGACUCUAGUAUAUUUGUUGAUUCAAGUCUGGGAAACCCUGUGGUUUGAAGACAGAUAUCAUGCCUAUGCUGUUCGGGAAGGAGACGAAUUUCUGUGCAUCACAGUCAAUGAAUUGCUUGACCAUCACCCCUUUCACCUCAUCAAGUCGUUUGAUGAACAUGACAGUUUGCGUUACAUUGUUCCGAGGCAUAGAUAA